GGGACCAAAUCCUUCCAACUUCUUGAUAAGCUCCACAAAUGAAAAGAAAAUCAUGUCGAUGCGAAAGAGAGCUUUGGCUUCCACUUCUUCAGGUCAACCAAGUCAACUCAAGAGGCCGUGCAUCGCUCCAAAGAGGUCAGGGAAGAGUGGGAGCGUGCUAAACCUGAUUUGGCCGAAUACUUUCAAAGGUGAAUAUAUUUUAUUUGGUUUGUUGCUAAAUCUUCAUCAACUGAUUCUUCUAGGAGAAUUUCCAUGUGUAUUGUCUCGCCAACUAGAAAUAUCAUCGAGUAUCAUAAGUCAUCAAUCCACGAUUCUGUUCAGCAAAGUGUAAUACCUGCACAUACAUUUCUUUGUCAAUCACUGAAAAGAUGGUGCACUUGGAGAUAGCUGCUAAUUAACUUUACUUGCUUCUGCUAUCAAUGUACUGGAUAAAUAUGUAUUCCAGCUUUACGUUGACUUUUCUCUGUUUCCGUCGAUUAAGGGAAUGCAUCUGAUGAGUCUGGUAAUUAGGUCUGACAUUCUUAUGUACUAGUAACUAAGGUGUUACAUAUAGAUAUUUGUCUAUUUGUUACGAAUAAGUCCACAAGACAUCAUUUGUUCCCGGUGUCAAUUUCCAUGGUGUAGUUCCAUGGAGAAUGCUCUCAAAGAGAUGAUGCAACGGAUAAGCUCAACCAAGAAUGCUGUUCCGAAAAAGAGGGAAACAGCGGAUCUUGCAAAUAAUCGCUCUCCCCACCUUGGAUGGGCUAAUGCUAAAUCUAUGGGAAAGAAUGAUGUGGGAAACUUACGGCUUCAAAUUCAAACCAAACUGUCAGAUCUUAUAUUUACUGGAAAGAAACUAGAAGGAGAGGGGGGUGCUCACAUUUCCUUUGCCUUGAUCAAUGCAAAUACAGGGGAUGUUGUUAGAUCAGGCCUGGAAUCCUCCAUUAAGUUGGACAUCGUCGUGCUUGAAGGUGACUUCAACAAUGAUGAUGAGGACAACUGGGCUCAAGAAGAGUUUGAGAACUACGUGGUUAAAGAACGUGAACGAAAGGGGCUGCUUUUGACAGGAGAUCUCCAAUUGACGCUCAAGGGAGGUGUUGGGGAGCUGGGAGAACUGAUAUUUAUGGAUAAUUCCAGCUGGAAUAGGAGUAAAAGGUUCAGGAUAGGGCUUAAGGUGGCAUCAGGUUAUAGUGGGAAUACACGAAUCCGGGAAGCAAAAACAGAUGCCUUUCGGGUCAAGGAACAUAGAGGAGAAUCAAACAAGAAACAUUAUCCACCUGCAUUUGAUGAUGAGGUCUGGAGGUUGGAGAAGAUUGCCAAAGAUGGGAAAUCUCACCAAAAAUUAAUGGAAGCUGGAAUACAUAAAGUGGAGGACUUUCUACAGAAACUGUUUACAGACUCCAAGAAACUGAGACAGGUUCUUGGAAAGAGCAUAACACCAAAGAACUGGGAAUCCCUCGUCGAUCAUGCAAAGACUAGCGCAAAAUGGAAAACUUAUUUGGACGAUCCUAAUGGCAUGAGGAAGCAUGAUGCUGUAUUCAACACUGAUCAUCAACUGACCGGCCUAAUCGAAGACAUGGUAUAUUUUGCUCCUGACCGACUUUCUGCCCAAGAGAAGGAACCUGGAGAUACAAUUGUAGAAAAGGCGGCCUUUAAUAAUUGGAAUGAUGUUAGGGAGUUCAAUGGUCAGACCUAUUCUGCUUCAGUGCAGAAGAAUAGCUAUCAAGUUAUUGAAGGACAAAUUGGAAAUCCCGUCCCUGUUCAAUGUUAUUUGGCUCCACGAACCUGUGCCGCUCCAGUUGGUCCGGAAGCUCCGCCGGCAAAUGCGGGCUCCACUGUUGAAGGACAUAAUGGUGUAACUGGUGAUUUGGCAUGGCCAGUACAGUCACAAAACACCAAUUGUGGGGAUGCUGUGGAGUUUCCAGUUGAUGACAGUGUUCCUCUCUUUGCACCAUCGCCCGUAUCUGCAGACCGCUUGAAUGGUGUACUUUCUCCGGGAGAUGAUGGUAUUGCUACUUUCGGAUUGCCAAUACAGUCCCCUGAUAUCGUUUCACGGUAUGCCAUGCGUAGCCAAAUGGACUAUACAGUAAAUGAGGAUGUUGUCCCCCCUGAGCCACCCUAUGCCCCAACGUCAAGCCACCAAUGGAGUGGCACAUUCGCUCCUUUUCCUGAAGGCAAUCACGUGAUGGGAGACUUCCAAUUCAACGGUGCAGAUGAUUGGGUGGACUACUUGUUGGCAAGCCUAGAAGAAGAUGACGACACGUCCUUGCAGACCCCGCCAUGGGGCGACGGUUAUGUUUGGGGCCAGCAAAGGUGUUGAAUGGCCGGGCUCAAGAUAAAAGGCAGUGGUGCAGUGGGGUUUCUUCGUCAGGAAGAGAGGGGUCGGAAU